AAUCACCACAAUUUGGAUGGAUCAAAACCCUCUCUCUCUCUUUCUCUCUCAUCCCCUAAAAACCCCAUACUCUUUCCCUCUCUUGGCGGCUGAUAUUUCCGCCCUUGUCUCCUCCCCCUCCUCUCUCUCUAGGAAAUUUCGCACUCUCUCUCUCCUCCCCAAAACCCCCUAUCAGAUUCAUCAGGGUUUUAGAUUCGAGAUCCGCUCAUGGCUACCGUUUCUCCUCCCGCAGAUCAAGCUGCAGAUUUGCUGAAAAAUUUAUCCUUGGAUUCUCAAGCUAAGACCCUGGAAAUUCCUGAGCCUACCAAGAAGACUUCUGCUCACUCAGGCGAUGCCACAAAUGUCCAGAUCCAGCCGUAUGAGCGUUCGAUGACGCCAUUACAGGAUUUUUUCGUGGACCCAGCCAUGUGCUAUCACCCCAAUGGUUAUCCAUAUGCUGCUCAUUAUUAUGGCUAUGAUGGGACUGCUAAUGAGUGGGACGAUUUCGCCAGAUACAUGAAUCCUGAGGGAGUUGAAGUGCCUCAUGGAGUUUAUGGGGACAACGGGUCGGUUAUGUAUCACCCUGGCUAUGGGUAUCCCUAUGGACCAUAUUCUCCAGCUGGUUCCCCAGUUCCAGCUAUGGGACAUGAUGGGAACUUAUAUGGGGCUCAGCAUUACCAGUAUCCUACUCAAUAUUUCCAACCCCUGACCCCAACAAGCGCACCAUACAACCCUACUUCAGCUGUACCUGCCAAAGGCGAUAUUUCCUCAUCUGCAACUUCUGAUCAGGCUCCUUUGUCGGUGGAUACUACAAAUGGGAACUCAAAUGGUAUGGUGAAUGGUGGGGCCAUAAAGGGGAAUAAUGGAUCUGCCGCCACGAAGCAAACAUAUCAGAAUGGAUCAUAUAAUUCGAACGGUUCUUUCGGGAGGGGUGGUCUGCCUGGAGGAUUUUCUGCAUCUGGAUUUCAAGAUCCAAGAUAUGGAUACGAUGGUAUGAGGUCUCCAAUCCCUUGGUUGGAUGUAUUUUCUGAUGGGCAACAUAGGCCUGUAUCUAGUACAUCAAUGGUUUCACCGAUAGCGCUUGCAAAUAAUGUCCCAAGUUCGAAGAAUCAGAGUUAUCGUCCUAAUUCUCAUUACAUGGGCUUGAAUCAAUCAAGGCAAAUGUCCGGAAUGAACACAGCUAAUGGAUAUAUGAAUAAGGUGUACCCUAACAAAGUAUAUGGUCAGUAUGGGAGCACAUUCAGGUCUGGUUUUGCUUUUGGAUCUAAUGGUUAUGAUUCACGAUUAAGUGGACGCGGGUGGUCGGCUGUUGAUGGCAAGUACAAACCCAGAGGGCGAAACAAUGGUCUCUUUGGUAACGAGAACAUAGAUGGUUUGAAUGAGCUAAACAGGGGACCUAGGGCCAAGGGAACCAAGAACCAACAAAAGGGGUUUACUCCAGUUUUCAUGGUGGUUAAGGGGCAGAAUGUCCCAUUAACUGCAAACAUCGACGACGAGAAGGAUAAGGCAAGUUUGAUUCCAGACCGUGAGCAAUACAACAAAGUAGAUUUCCCGGAGAGUUAUAGUGAUGCAAAGUUCUUCAUUAUUAAGUCGUAUAGCGAGGAUGAUGUCCAUAAGAGCAUCAAGUAUAAUGUGUGGGCAAGCACACCAAAUGGUAAUAAAAAGCUUGAUGCAGCAUAUCAGGAGGCUCAGCAGAAGUCUGGUGGCUGUACUAUUUUUCUUUUAUUCUCUGUUAAUACUAGUGGGCAAUUUGUCGGUGUUGCGGAGAUGGUUGGGCCUGUUGAUUUUCACAAGAAUUUUGAGUAUUGGCAACAAGACAAGUGGAAUGGCUGCUUCCCUGUCAAGUGGCACAUUGUAAAGGAUGUGCCUAAUAGUCUGUUGAAGCACAUUACCCUGGAAAAUAACGAGAACAAACCAGUGACUAACAGUAGAGAUACUCAAGAGGUUAAAUUGGAGCAGGGGCUUCAGGUGCUCAAAAUAUUCAAAGAUCAUUCCAGCAGGACGUGUAUCCUAGAUGAUUUUGGUUUUUAUGAGGGUCGCCAGAACACAAUUCAGGAGAAGAAGGCCAAGCAACAGCAGUACCAAAAGCAGAUGUGGGAAGGGAAGCCAACUGAUGAAAGGAACAAGGAAGAAGGUGCGAAUGGAGAACUGAAAUCGCAGAAGUCUUCUGAAGUUGCCUCUGAUUUGGUCAAAGAAUCUGUCCCGGAUGUUCAGUCCAAUGGGGAUGUUAGUCUUUCAAAAGACUUACCAACUGAUAAAUCUGGGGACACUCUAAAGGGUGCCAAAUCAGCUGCAGAGGAAAAGAUUGUUCCUAAUGGGGCUGUGAAUGGUUGCUAGCCUUAUGUUGCACAAGCGGUGGCCUAUGAUCUUUUUACAGGCUGAUUUGCCGGAGACAAGCCACUGGCUAAUUCUUCAAUUGGGCCACCCUGUGGGAUCUGCCUUACUUUCAGCUUCAUUGAUCUAAAUUAUAAGGAGAGGUUCCUUCAACAUCUUUUCUAUAGUGCUAAGGCAGGCUCAGUUUCUAAGAAUUGAAAAUGUGGAGCCUCGUAUGAUGGGUCAGGUUUACAGUUGCUAGUUCUAACAGUUCUCAGGUGCCUUGGGGUUUGGGUUUUAGGGGAUUUUCUCUUUAUUUUGCCUUUUUAUCGUCUUCUCAGCUUUCUUCUUUUUCCUUCUUUUUUAUAUUUUUUUUUUCCCGUGGUAAGCUUUUUAUUACUCCUAGUUUUGCCUUGAUAUCCCAUCUUGUAAAAUCUAGAUCAAAGUUUGUUGCAAGGGAGCUUUUUGCCUUUUGUAAUUUGUUAAAGAGAGCCAGGAGCAAGGUGGGAAAAGAAUUGCAUUGCAAUCUUAUACUAAUGUUUUCGGUUAAUAGAAUGUUUUCAUAGUUAAAACUA